AUGAACACUGAUGAGUAUCAACAGGAAGUACAUAGACAUCUCAACAGUGACAAGUAUUACGAAAAACUUGAUAGCAAUAUUGCAGAAACAGUGAAACGUAAUGUAUGUGAAUGUAUGGAUGAAAUUUCCGAAUGUGAAGAAUUUUUGAAAGAGGAAUUUGACACUUUUCCAGAAAAGAUACGUAUACCCCAGUUUUACAUUUUACCCAAACUACAUAAAUGUAAAGAUAAUUCUUUGCCAUUAGGAUAUCCAGGUAGGCCCAUAGUAUCUGCAUGCAAUUCCCCUACUGAUAACAGAUCUAAAUAUCUAGACUAUGUAUUGCAACCACAUAUGCAAUCAUUACAUUCGUAUGUCAAAGAUACUACGGAUUUCCUUUCAAAACUUAAGAACUGCAGUUUAUCAUCCAACAGUUAUUUGGUGACUUUGGAUGUAACCUCUCUAUAUACGAACAUUCCACAUGAUGAGGGUAUUGAAGCCUGCAGAUUUUUCUUAAACAGGGACAAGAGUCUGUCUGAUACUAGUUUGUCCGUAGAAAGAAUAUGUAAACUUAUUGAACUUACACUUAAGAAUAACCAUUUUCAGUUCAAUGGUGAUAAUUACAUUCAAACAAUGGGGACGGCCAUGGGCAGUCCGUUCGCCCCUACCUAUGCAUCAUUGUUCAUGGGUAAGUUAGAGCAAGACUUUUUACAAAGCCAGCAGCUGAAACCUACAUUGUGGCUUCGGUUUCUGGAUGAUGUUUUCAUGAUCUGGGAUCAUUCACUCGACGAAUUGAAUAGCUUUGUUAAAGCACUUAAUGAAUUACAUAGCUCUAUUAAAUUCACGUAUGAAAUUUCAACGAAACAUGUGUCAUUCCUGGAUGUUGAUCUUACGAAAGAUACCAGUAAUAACAUAUGCACCAAUGUACAUGUUAAAAAUACUAACAUCCAUCAGUACCUUCUCUACUCUUCUAAUCAUCCAAAGACUUGUAAAGACGGUGUUCCCUACAGUCAGGCUAAGCGAUAUCGUCGUAUUAUAUCUGACGAUAGUCAAUUUGCUAAAUCUCUGGACACUCUACGUGAAUUUUUCAAAUCUAGAAAUUACCCAGACAGUGUAAUAGAUGCUGCAUUUAACAAGAUGCAUAAUGUUACACAAGACGAAGCUCUGAAAUACAAUAACAAUUCUGAUCAGGUUGAUAUUGUGCCUUUUGUUACUGAAUAUAAUCCCUCCCUCCCUAACAUUGUUUUUAGACUGAAACCGCGAAGCGGUUGA